GUGGUGAUGAUGGUGAUGGUGGUGGUCAUCACCUGUCUGCUGAACCACUACCGCCUAUCAGCACGCUCCCUCCUCUCCAGACACGCCCCCGCACGCAGCAGACACCUGCCAUUGGCCAACGAGGGGAGUCUGUGGUCUUCUGAGGCUCCGGGGACAAACAGCGGUCUAAACGAGCACCAGGUGUACAACCCUCGCCCUCCAGACAGAGUCUACCUGCAGAGGGAGCCUCAGCACACCCACUCUCAGACCCAGUCCCAGUCCCAGACCCAGUCCCAGUCCCUGCCUCCGCUGCAGUCCCAGCGCUUCCAGCACACCUACGCUCCGAGUCGCUUCCAGCCGACGUACCCCUACCUGCCCCAGAGCCUCAUCGACCUCCCCCCCACCAUCUGCCUCUCGGACGGGGAGGAGCCUCCGCCCUACCAGGGACCCUGCACCCUGCAGCUCCGAGACCCAGAGCAACAGAUGGAGCUGAACCGCGAGUCGGUCCGAGCGCCGCCCAACAGAACAGUGUUCGACUCCCAUCCCAUCACCCCGUCCAGCUCCUGUCUGCAGGCCAGUCUGCAGGCUCCUCCUCCGAGCGUCCAUUCGGGGGUCAGUGUUCUAGAAGCCCAGGAGGCCUCGUCCCGGCAUCAGAAGCAGGGCUCUCGAGUGGAGGGAGCUCCUCCGACCUACAGCGAGGUGAUCGGACACUACUACCACCCGACCUCCCACAACCACCGGACUGUGUCGUCCCCGCCCCCGUCCUCGCUCAUACACGGCCUGCUCCGACCGCCGCCACAGCAGCGGGGAAACGUGGACAACAGGAACGCGAGGAAUACGAAGGAGAAAUCCCAGAAGCCCCAGCAGGUGUGA